AUGGCUAUUCACCAGCAAUCGCAGAAUAUGUCCAACUGUUUCACGCCACUGCAAGUGGUGCCGACUAUGGCGCCGAACACACGUGAAGUGCUGGAGAAUGGUGUUUUUUCGCGUCGAGCUGCUGGACCAUCAUCUCGAGGUACCCCAGUUUCGAGACUACCGCCAUUACCACUGAUACAGAGGGAGCUGAGCGCGGAGUCUUGGUUGAAACAUCACCCAUGCUGCUCUCACUAUCUGAGAUGGCACUGGUACCUGAUGAACGUGAUUAGGACAGGCCCAGUUCCAGUUUUCUGGGAGGUCACUUACUCCUUAUAUAGCGUAGCACACUGGCGCUUUAGGCUCUUCGUCCUAUCAAGGCGGUGA